AUGGAAGAAAGGGGGCUCUUCUCCCUCUUUUGUUUGCUCCUGGUGCACAGCAUUGCAGGCCAGCUAGAAGAUGUCAUUACACAAAAAGAAGUGGUCUACGCUUUGCCAGGUACUGACGUAACUCUGGUGUGCAGCUUUCCAAAAUCACACACCACCUACAUAAUACAGACGCAGUGGUCCAAGACUGAUGACACCCAGCUUAACAAAAUAGCUGUUUAUCACCCUGUUUAUGGCACCCACUACUUCACGUUUCCUGAGGCUUCGGACAACUUUUCGGUGUCCUUCAGCAUGAGGAAGUGCUGCAGCUGGGAUGUUACAGAGGCUUUGUGCUCCCCUGAACCUUCCAUGACACCUGAGUGCAGUCACUGGGCUCUGCAUCUGAAAAACAUUACCAUUUCCCUCAGCGGGCAGUACGAGUGCAGUUUUUCUACUUUCCCCUAUGGGACAAAGGCUGCAAAAAUUCAACUUAUUGUCAAGGCAGAAGAGGAGCAGCACUACGUGAAGGAAGUGCAGUUAAACCACGCUUUAGAAAUUCCAUGCCUUGAGGACACGACCCCAGAAAAUUUGUCCAAUUAUCCUUUGAAAUGGCUAGUGGGGAAAAAUGGCAGGAAAGAGGAACUUGUGACCAAGGAGCCCUCCUGUCCUGCGGUGUACAGGAACAGCAGCACGUUGUAUGGGCAAAGAGUCCGCUUGGGUUUGAAUAACGCCCUGGAGAUUUUCUCCACCAAAAUCACAGAUGAUGGCAUGGUGUUUUCCUGCCAUGUGGUGUACCACCCAGAGAGAGUCCAGAAAAGCAGCACCACCGUGAGAGUAUUCGCCUACCCUGAAAUCUCUGUCAGCCUGCAGGAGAGCUCAGCUGGCACCUUGCAGAAGCCCAACGUGAGCUGUGUGGUGAGGAAGGCAUUUCCCAAGCCAAGCCUCCUGUGGUACGUGGACAGAGCCAGCCUGACGGAGCAGCCUGGAGAAAUUUCUGUUGAACAGGAAGACUUUCAAGACAGUGAAGGUUUCUAUCAGCUGAGAUCAACACUGAUGUUGCAAGGGAGCCACCAGACACAUAAGACAUUCUCAUGUGCAUGUCUGUUUUCCUUCCUUGGGAAUGAAACAUGGAAUAUUUCAUCAGAAGAAAUAUUUGUUUCCUUCGACCUUGCAAAUUCAGCACUUCCAUCAGCUGUCAUGACCACCUCAGAGCACCAACCAACAUCUUCAGCCUCUCUGGAUUUCACAAGUCAAGCAAGCUUAGCUCCUGUUUCCACAACACAAGGAGUGCUGGUUUCCACAACAGAGACAAGAAGCUAUACCAGCCCCACAGCAUUCAGUGAGAAUUUGAGAACAGCACGUAACCUGUCCUUCAGCAUCACAGACCAGCCAAUUUCUGUUACCAGAGCGAAAGAUUUCUAUACUACCAGUAGUCUGCUCAAUAGUACUGGCGAUGCAAAGAACUCCAAAGCCAGUCACUUCCCCUGGCCAACAGUGGUGGCCAUCCUGCUCCUCUUCUGCAGUUUUCUGGUAGCUUUAGGCCUCAGGAAAUGGUGUCAGUACCAGAAAGAGAUUAUGAACAGACCUCCAUCUUUCAAGCCACCACCGCCUCCAAUAAAUUACACCUCCAUGGUGGAGUCUGAUGGGACUCCCCCAUCCUGCCACGAACUGGAAAACCUGUAG